CCUAGUUCCAUGCUUUUACACCACACAGUUCUCGCAAAUCUCUUGCAAACCCCUAAGACCCAAUUUGAAUAGUGCACAACCACCUGGCAUACAGCUGAGGUACACGCAGAGAGCCUUAACAAUUUACCACUUUCCAUUCUCACUGCACACUUUCACUUCAGUUACCUUUCUCGCUCAUAGGUGCUGCAGUCUCGAGUCGCCGCCGCUGCACCUGCACCUUCCCUCUGCAAGUUCGCAUCGUUUUGCCGCUCAGCAGGUCCCUCUUCUCCACCUUCCGGGCUUAUCACGCUUCUAACCUCCGGCUUCCAUCAACCAUUCAUACAUCAGCACUCGCCUCGGGCGUCCUACCCGCUUACGUUGCUUUUGGUAGCCCUUCGUCAGCAUCUUCCCCAAGCCUUCCGAAAGGCUUUUGCGCAUUUUGCCCACGACCUCGCUCAUCCUUCUUCUUGUCCUCGGCGAACCAUUCCUUGCUCUCUGAGCUCUGGUAACCUAAGGACACAGCAGGUUUCUCCACGGACUGGUGAAGGCUGCGUGCGCUACUCAAUCUCUACCUAAUGGACACCCUGCGCCAGUAAUUCGUACCCCGUCGCCACUCGAAUCUCAUCGGCAUCUCAUCUGUCGACAGUCGGCAAAAUGGUUGUUUUUGUUAAUCCAGCCAUAUUGGAAGGGGCGCGCGCCGUGGCGAGGCAGGUCGCCGAAACUGGUACUUCGAUACUUACCUCAACAGUAGCGUCGGCGACGGCCUCGGCAAUUUCGACAAGCGGCAGCUCAUCUGUGAUAACCGCUUCAUUAACAUCAAUAUCGCCUACUGUCACUCCUCCAUCCGCCACUUCCAAUUCCGCAUCCGGGGAUACCGAUUCAAAGGAUGAGAAAGGAGGGUCGUCGCCGCUCUUGUUUUUUGUAGCAUUGGGCUUCGGUGUUGUUUUUACCAACCUCUGGAUCAUUGUGGGCGUCAAGUACUGCUUUCGAUACAAUGCCCGAACUCGUCAAAUGCGCCUAGCGGAGGAGGGCGACCAGAUUAACCUGGAGGCCAUGCCUCGGCCGCACCGACGCCGUCGUGAGAAGAAACUAAUGACAAUAGACGAAGUCAACGAGAAAUUCCCCAUGCUCAAGUACAAAACUUGGGUCGCAAGCCGAGCGCGGGAUGGUUUACCCACCAGCGGUGGCGUUUCAGCGCCCAGCCGACCGAAUAGUAUUCAUGACGCGGACGCUAUCUCUCGAGAGUUGCCCAACAAGGAGCGUAUGUCGACCGAGGGCCGGCCAACGACAAGCCAAGUCGAACGUGCUGAUCGGGACCCGAAGACUCCACAACAUGAAGCCAAGGAGAGCACCUCCAGCACUGUGCCUUUGACCCAUGCUGUCUCAGAAGCAACGACGCCACCGAAGGAAGCACGGGUUUCGCACGACGAGGGCGAAGAGGAGGAGGAUCCGAUUGACGCCGCAUUGCCGCCGGAGUGCGAGGGCACCUCUGGUGAUACCUGUGCUAUUUGCAUUGACACCUUGGAAGACGACGACGACGUGCGUGGGUUGACUUGUGGACAUGCUUUCCACGCGGCAUGCCUUGACCCAUGGUUGACGAGCAGGCGAGCAUGCUGUCCGUUGUGCAAGGCCGAUUACUACACUCCUAAGCCACGCGCAGCCGGCGAACCAGUCGAUGGCCAGCCUGGCGUGAUUCAUGUCACUUUAUCCAACGACCCACGAUCCAAUCGUAUGAACCUGCCAAACAGACCGAGACGUGCUUUGUUCGGCCUGGGUCGUCCAGCAAGGACGGUGUAUGUGGUGUCCAGCAAUGAUCAACGAGGGUCUCGGCGGCGUCAUGGCGAGCGAAGACGGGACAACAACGGUGCUUCUAGUCAACCUGGCUCUUCACCCCAAGCUUCUUCGGAUCGUGCCGAGGGUGGGAGUGUGUUUGCAAAUCUUAGGGCUGCAUUCCCCCACUUUCGUCGCAGCAACGGGGGGCAAAUCGCGGACGCAAAUUCCAACCCAACUAUGACGCCUUCUAAUCUUGAAGCGGGAGUCCGACCUGGGGCGAGUUAAGUCCGGCGAUACGAAUUUGAAAGACUGGUGACUACGCCGCUCUGUGCGAAGCUGAUUUCUACACCGAUAUCCGUCUGUUUCACCUGCCGCAUCUCGAGUCUUACAUUAUCCGUUACCGAUGUCCAUUGGUAGUAUCAGCCGAAAGAUGGAGUGGCGUUGCUGCGAGGAGCACCUCUGCUCUCCAGCAGCAACCAGCGAUCGGGUUGGAUUCACGCAUAUGGGACGAAAUUGAAAGGACGACGCACGAUGAACGACACUGCCGGUUCGAGCAGGAUGUUACCUACGAUCUUUUCGUAGGACAAUCAUGGCUUGCAAAUUUGGCAAAGCGAGCAGGUCAGUGCACAAGAUGUAUAGCAGUGUGUAUUGGUCUCGGUGCAUAUAAGGUCGGUUGGCCGGAAUGUGGUGCUCCACGAUGGGCGUGUGUGGCUUUGGUUGUUAUUGAUGGGAAGGGAUGGGAUAGCAUGGAGUUUAUUGGGAUGGAAUCUUGGUUUAUUUUGUACAUUGGAUGAUAUUGGAGACCUCACCUCAUUGUUGAGCGGACAUUUUGAUUAUAAAUUGACUACGGCACCUUUCAUGGACAUGCGCACCUGGUCAUUUUGGAGAAAUAGGGACGAGUGACUGGAGCCAGAUUCAGCCGGCUAGAGUGGAGUGAACAUGCAAUGAAUCAUUCCGAGUCAACCCGAA